GUCAUAUCUCUCAUCUUGUCUUUAUCAGAUAAUCCAUUGAAUAUCACCCAAUUGAGCCCAUUCAUACACCAAGCGACACACCAAGUAACCAAGAUGGCUGCACAAUUCACCGCAGGCGGAGUAGCCAUUAUCACUGGCGGAGCUUCGGGGAUUGGAUUCUCACUCGCAAAGAAAUGCCAGGGCUACGGCAUGCGCGUGAUAAUCGCCGAUCGGGACAACAAUGCCCUCGAAGCCGCCGCCAAAACCUUGGGCGAAAAUGUAACUCCGUUCAAGAUGGAUGUCGCGCAGACGGAGGGCUGGGAAGCUCUCAAGAAGACGGUGGACGAGAAGUUCGACGGCAGAGUCAAUCUCCUGGCUCUUAAUGCCGGCAUGGGCCGGAAGGCAUCGUGGGAUGAUACAUCCGCAUUUCAAGACACGUUUAACGUCAAUAUAAUGGGCGUCGUCAAUGGCAUCGCCGCCUUCUUGCCAUUGGUUGAGCGAGCUGCUUCCGAUGGCAAAGCUGCCUCCAUCGUCAUCACAAAUCCGCCAGGAAAUCCGGCAUACAACGCCUCAAAGGCUGCGGUCAAGUCAAUUGCCGAACAUCUCAGCUGGGACCUGCGAGACAAGAGCGUGUCGGUCCAUCUGCUCGUCCCAGGGUGGACAUUCACAGGAAUGACGGGCAAUGUGCCCAACGCAGGCAAGACGAAGCCAGAUGGUGCCUGGUGGCCAGACCAGGUAGUCGAGUAUCUCGAGAAGAAGAUGCAGGAGGGGCAGUUCUGGGUGAUAUGCCCUGACAACGACGUGACGGAAGCUCUGGACAGGAAGCGAAUGCUGUGGACUGCAGGCGACAUGGUAGGAGGGAGGCCGCCGUUGACUCGGUGGAGGGAGGACUGGAAGGAUAAGGCCAAAGAAGCGAUUGACACCAUGGAGCUCUAAGGGAAAUGUGCGUAUGUCCUGCAUUCGGCCAUGCACAAUUCUAGUUCCAUCUAUCACAGGGUUCUAUCCUAAAGAACAAAGAAAUCUCAUUUAAUAGCAUCCCACUCCG